AGAAGGAGACAAAGUAUCAGCUUUAGCCAAAAUACCCGGCCAAGUGGAACUGGCGGAAAUGUCAUCACUGGUGAAGGAGGACUUGGAGAAGAAACUAUUUAAGCCUCUCUCGCAGAAUCUGUACGAGUUUAUUGAGAUAGAGUUCUCCGUUCAGGACAGGUAUUACCUCUGUGUGUCAGUGACCAAAAGUGAAGAAGUAAAAAUCAUUAUGGUGAAACACUACAGAAUAGGUUUAGAUGAAAAAUAUGAAGUAACAAAAAAAUGGUCUUUGAAUGAUCUGCAGAUGAUUGACGGAAAAGAAGCAGAUACCGACAAUCCAUUUUUUGAUCUGCACUUCAAGAAAGUGUACAGUUUGGAAGCAUACAGCUGUGCUUCUAAGUAUGCCUUUGCUCGAACUGUAAAUAAGCUGAAUCAUGCAUAUCUUAAGAAGGACUUACAGAUUGUGAACUUUGAUUCUACUUACAUUAAUGAUGAUUCCAUUUGGUCUUCCAACAACAAGGAUUGCUUGGUCCUCAUGAGAAUAUGCUUUUAUGCUUUCAAUCUUGUGUGCUUGUCACUAUGUCCCCUGCCACUUUGAAGAUGU